GUCCACGUUACUUUGUUUAAUGCAAAUGACACAUUAAGCUUCUCUAAUAAAAAAAAUACUCAAAUCGCCAUUUCGAUGUAAAUAAACGGCUUCUCCUAUAUAAAUAACUUCAUACGACUCUUUACAGAAAAUGACAAACCAAAACGCCAAGAAGCAAGAAAGUGAUCAUUCACACACACAAGAGAGACUAAGAAUAGCUUCUAAAGAACAUGGAGAAGAUAGACGAUGGUAACUAUACUGCUUCCACGGCUUCUUUUUCACCUAGCUUCAGCACUUACUCCGGCGAUAACCUCGUCAAGAUCGCCGAACGAGUCGGUGGCGACCAUUACAAAGAGAAAGGAGACGACUCAUUCGAGUUUGCGACUCUUCAAACGGUUCACGAGCAGCCGUCUUCUUUAUUAUUCCCGGUGUUCGAUCAGAAACAUGAAGAUGUUUCGCCGGAAACGGUUGUAACUCCGUUGAAAGAUCUCUUCCUCCGCGAGAAAGAACACUCGUCACCUCAGCAGACGUAUUCAUCUUCUGAUUAUGAGGAAGAAGAAGAUGAGUUAGACACGAUCCCUAGCGAGAUAUACUGUCCAUGGACGCCGGCGAGAUCACCGGUGGAGAUGUCUCCUUGUAGAAAGAGUAAAUCGACAGGAUCUUCUUCAACGUCGACAUGGUCGAGGAAACGAUGGAGACUUAGAAAUCUACUGAAACGAAGUCGUAGCGACGGGAAGGAGACACUAGAGUUCUUGAGUUCGAGCCCUGUUAACAACAAAGACGAAUCUUCAUCUUCAUCUCCUUGUCCGAAGAAUAAGGAGGCAGUGAAGACAAAGAAGAAAGAGAAGGAGAAAGUGUCAGCACAUGAGAAGUUUUACUUGAGGAACAAAGCAAUGAAAGAAGAAGACAAGAGAAAGUCUUAUCUACCGUACAAGCAAGAACUUGUCGGACUUUUCUCAAACAUUCACCGACACGGCAAAGCUUUUCCUCCCUUCUGA